ACUGUUUUAGAAUCAUGAUAAUGAAGGCAUUGGUUUGUUUCUGUUUUAUAAUUGCAAUCGUCAUAUGUACUGAGUAUAAUUGUGAUUAUUCCUUUGGUGAUCCAUCGUGGAAUUACUCGAAAAUAUUUUAUGAUGAAACUCACACAAUCGCUUCUGGUUUAGUGUAUAUGAAUUUCACUUUACCCCGUGACACAAACCAAAUGGUUAGCUUCGUUUGCGUCAAUAUCACGGGAGCUGAUUUGAACACAACGCAGGUGGCUUUUGCGAGUCUCUUUGAUCAGGUUUCAGUUGACUUACGCACUGCACACAAAAAGGACGUCACAGUACACAUUAUAGCAUUAGAACAUGGCUAUUAAAACUUACAAAUAUUUUAUUUUUUAUUAGAGAGCUAGAGUUAAGAUUUUUGAAAUGCAAUAUUACAAAAUAAACAAGGAAUUCAUUUUUAUAGAAUUAUGAAUUGCCAGUAGAAAGUAUCGAUUCUUCGGGAAAUUAAAAUGUAUUCUGUACUGCAAACAUA